AUGGACAACAUCUUGGAGAUUCGACAAACCAUUCAUAUUGGUGUAGUCGUUGCAACUUUCCUUUUCAACAAUGGACGUAUUAUAAAAGCAGUAGCCAUCUUUAACGAAUGUUUGGUGCUCCUUAACGGUAGAGCCCUAGAGACAAUCAAAGAACUUACCACACCACUUUUUAUCUAUGUAUACUGUAAACUUCUUGAUGGCUAUACUCGUGUGUACGAUCACACCCGUGCGAUAAAAUGUGGUAAAAGGCUUCUAGUGACACUACAUAAUAGUGGCCACAAAAAAGUAGAAGGGAUGACAUUACUUAAACUAGCGAACAUCUACCAUCAAACAAGCAAAUACGAGGAAGCAAAACAGUUUUACGAGAAGGCGCUUAGCAUCAUGAUUGAGGCUGGAAAUAAUCGCGGAGUUGGAACAUGUUACGGAAAUCUAGGAACCGUGUUUCUUUCUGUUGGUCAAUAUACCAAGGCUGAAGAAUACCUUCGAACAGCACUAGUGAUCAGGAAAGAAAUCGGUGACAAAGAAGGAGAAGCAUCAGAUUACGGAAAUCUAGGAACUGUGUCUUUUUCUGUUGGUCAAUAUACCAAGGCUAAAGAAUACCUUCAAAAAGCACUAGUGAUCAGGAAAGAAAUCGGUGACAAAAAAGGAGAAGCAUCAGAUUACGGAAAUCUAGGAACUGUGUUUAAAUCUGUUGGUCAGUAUACCAAGGCUGAAGAAUACCAUCAAAAAGCACUAGUGAUCAGGAAAGAAAUCGGUGACAAAGAAGGAGAAGCAGCAGAUUACGGAAAUCUAGGAACUGUGUUUCAAUCUGUUGGACAAUAUACCAAGGCUGAAGAAUACCAUCAAAAAGCACUAGUGAUCAGGAAAGAAAUCGGUGACAAACAAGGAGAAGCAGUAGAUUACGGAAAUCUAGGAACUGUGUUUCAAUCUGUUGGUGAAUAUACCAAGGCUGAAGAAUACCUUCAAAAAGCACUAGUGAUCAGUAAAGAAAUCGGUGACAAAGAAGGAGAAGCAUCUGCUUACGGACAUCUAGGAACUGUGUUUAAAUCUGUUGGUCAAUAUACCAAGGCUGAAGAAUACCUUCAAAAAGCACUAGUGAUCAGGAAAGAAAUCGGUGACAAAAAAGGAGAGGCAUCUGCUUACGGUAAUCUAGGAACUGUGUUUCAAUCUGUUGGUCAGUAUACCAAGGCUGAAGAAUACCUUCAAAAAGCACUAGUGAUCAGGAAAGAAAUCGGUGACAAACAAGGAGAAGCAGUAGAUUACGGAAAUCUAGGAACUGUGUUUCAAUCUGUUGGUGAAUAUACCAAGGCUGAAGAAUACCUUCAAAAAGCACUAGUGAUCACGAAAGAAAUCGGUGACAAAGAAGGAGAAGCAUCUGCCUACAGAUAUCUAGGAACUGUGUUUAAAUCUGUUGGUGAAUAUACCAAGGCUGAAGAAUACCUUCAAAAAGCACUAGUGAUCAAUAAAGAAAUCGGAGACAAAGCUGGUGUUGGAGCUUCAUACUUAAAUCUGGGAAAACUUUGUGCAGAAUUUCAACUUACUGCCAAGAGUCAAGAAUUUGCUAAUAAAGCACGGGAGAUAAGUUACGAAACAGGGGACAUUGAAAUGCAGUUUAACAGCCACCUUACCAUUGCUGUGAACGAGUUAGUGGCAGAAGGAAGCAUAACUAAAGUUCGGCGAAAUCUGCAUGAAAGCAUUCAAAAGUGCGAAGAAAUGCAUGAUUUUUUAAGAGUGAAAGAUCAAUUCAAAAUUUCUUUUUUUGAUGAGCAUGUGUCCCCUUACCUUCUUCUUUGUAGGUUGUUAAUUGCUACAGGCAGUUAUUAUGAAGCUCUUUACGUUGCCGAGCUUGGACGAUCCAGAGCACUGACAGACGUACUUUCAGAUAAGUACUCUGUGGAAAAAGGGGUAUCAGUCAACCCACAGUCAUGGAUUGGAAUUGAAAACAUUAUGAACAAAAAUGGACUUAGUUCUUGUCUUUAUGUUUCCUGCUUCGAUGAUAAUAUGUACUUUUGGAUCCUCAAGCCAAACAAAAUUAUAGUUUUUCGACAAACGAGACUCAAAGAAAGUGCAGAUAGAGUGUUUGGAAAUCAAACAUUGGGUGGCUCUCUUGAUUUACGUCAAGAUCAAUGCGAAGAUCGAUCAUUAUUUUCAUGUGUAAGUUCCCCGCUAUCAUGCAAACAAUCUCAGAGUGACAGCUUCGAAUCUUUGCGUCUUAUCGAAGAAGAGGAAGACGAAAAUCACGACUCUAAACCUUUAACCCUUGCUGAUGGUUACAACAUGAUAGUCGCUCCUGUAGCUGACUUGCUCCAAGAAUCAGAAAUCAUUCUUAUACCAGAUAACUUGUUGUAUCCUAUUCCUUUUACUGCUUUAAAGGAUGCUAAUGGAAAGUAUUUAUCGGAUACUUUCAGGAUUCGCAUUGUCCCUUCCUUGACGACUCUUAAGUUGAUUCAGUUCAGUCCAGCAGACUACCAUAGUAAAACCGGUGCACUGAUCGUAGGGGAACCAGACGUUAGUGAUGUAUACUACGGAGGAAAAAUUCUACAGUUAAACUCACUGCCUUGGGCGAGAAAGGAAGCAGAGAUGAUUGGGCGACUGCUCGGUGUUCAACCGUUGCUUGGAAAGGAUGCAACUAAGCAGGCAGUCCUGGAAAGCAUGCAUUCAGUAAGUCUCAUUCACUUCGCUGCUCAUGGUUAUGCCGAACGUGGAGAAAUAGCUCUUUCCCCUAUAAGCUCCUGCGAAACUCCACACGAAGAAGACUACUUAUUAACGAUGGCUGAAAUUUUACAAGUUCGACUAACAGCCAAGCUGGUUGUCCUUAGCUGCUGUCAUAGUGCACGUGGUCAGAUUAGAGCUGAGGGAGUUGUUGGAAUCGCUCGAGCAUUUCUAGCAUCGGGUGCACGCGCCGUGCUGGCAGCGCUGUGGGCUGUAGAGGACAAAGCUACCAUGUGGUUUAUGAAUCGUUUUUACGAGCACCUUGUUCACGGUGAAAGUGCCAGUGGAUCUCUUCAUCAGGCCAUGAAGUCGAUGAGAGAGACUCGCUUUUCUGACUUCAAGCAGUGGGCACCCUUUAUGCUGAUUGGAGAUAAUGUGACAUUCAAAGGUUUGUACUUGAUAUGAUUUUUAGGUUUUUUUAGUUAUCUUAGUCAAAAUUUGUGAAAUUGAUGUUCGUGACACUAAGCAUCAUUUUGAAAAAUAUUAUUAGGGGAGUUAUACUGAGUUUUCUUAGUUUGCGAAAAUUAUUCGAAUCACAUUUAAGCUGAAAGUGACAGAAUAUGACUUAACUGAAUUUUUAGCAUACAAAUGAUUCCUCAAAAUGUAAAGGUUUUGUUAUUUGUUUGACUUUGAAAAAAUCUAUGCCAGAUAUUUAGGUAAAACAUUUAGCGCAACGAGCAACAGAAGCAUGUUGAUCGAUGGCUAAAAUAAAUCGUGCAACGUCAUGAUUAGUUUUUUUUAUUUGCAUCGCAGGUGCAUUUGAUAAGAGCAGUUUGAAAGGUGGCGAAGGUGCAACGGAAACAAAGAACUUGUAA